ACCCAGGCUUCUCAUGGCCUCCUCCUCCAGAGCUCUGGAGGAGAGACUGUCCCCAUAGCAUAGGGGUAUCUCUUUUUACUUUUAGGAGGAGGAGCCUGGCCAAAUAAUCGGGGGGGGGGGGGGGGGAGGGGUGGGGGGGGAGUGAGGAGGGAAGGCACUUAGCUUCAUGGACAAGUCUUUUUGAUCAACUGUCAGGUAGCUGAGAGGGAAUUUGUUUGUCCAAAGCACUGGUAGACAUGGACAUGGCAGACUAUAGUGACGCCCUGGACCCAGCCUACACCACAUUGGAAUUUGAAAACAUGCAAGUGCUCUCCAUGGGCACAGACUCCUCACCGGCUGAGAGUGCCAACAUGAACACAGCCAACCACCUCGGUGUGGUCGCCCUGUGUGCCAUAUGUGGGGACAGGGCCACGGGAAAGCACUACGGGGCCUCCAGCUGUGACGGCUGCAAAGGUUUUUUCCGCCGGAGUGUUCGCAAAAACCACAUGUACUCAUGCAGGUUCAACAGACAGUGCAUUGUGGACAAAGACAAAAGGAAUCAAUGCAGAUACUGUCGAUUGAAGAAAUGCUUUCGAGCUGGCAUGAAAAAAGAAGGUAUACAAUUCAUUCAACUUCAUUCAAAUGCUGUACAGAACGAAAGAGACAGAAUCAGCACCAGAAGAUCUAGCUAUGAAGACAGCAGUUUACCAUCUAUCAAUGCACUCAUCCAGGCAGAUGUACUCUCAAGACAGAUAUCCUCACCUGGGCCCAUACUGAAUGGUGACAUCAGGACGAAAAAGAUAGCGACCAUCACAGAUGUGUGUGAAUCAAUGAAACAGCAGCUGCUGGUGCUGGUAGAAUGGGCCAAGUACAUCCCUGCCUUCUGUGAUCUUCCUCUGGAUGACCAGGUGGCAUUGCUACGAGCUCAUGCUGGAGAGCAUCUUCUGCUUGGAGUUGCAAAGAGGUCUAUGUUGUACAAGGACCUCCUGCUAUUAGGAAAUGACCACAUUAUUCCCCGGAACUGCCCCGAGUUGGAAGUGAUCCGGGUAGCAGUUAGGAUUCUGGACGAGCUAGUGCUGUCCUUCCAGGAGCACCAGAUAGACGACAAUGAAUACGCUUGUUUGAAAGCCAUUGUUUUCUUCGAUCCAGAUGCCAAAGGUCUGAGUGACCCCAGUAAGAUCAAGCGGAUGCGUUACCAGAUUCAGGUCAGCCUAGAGGACUACAUCAACGACCGGCAGUAUGACUCCCGGGGGCGCUUUGGAGAACUGCUCCUGCUGCUGCCCACACUACAGAGCAUCACCUGGCAGAUGAUCGAACAGAUACAGUUUGUCAAGCUAUUUGGGAUGGCCAAGAUUGACAACCUGCUCCAAGAGAUGCUCUUAGGAGGUUCUGCUAACGAGACAACUCACACACCUCACUCUCUGCAUCCACAUCUGGUUCAGGAACACCUCAGCAACAAUGUCAUUGUGGCCAGCAACAUGGCUACUCCCAUCCAUAACGUCCAAAUCUCCACUCCUGAAACUCCAAUUCCCUCUCCUCCCACAGCCUCCAGUUCAGAACACUAUAAGAUGGCUCAAGGGGUUAUAGCCACCGUACCCAAGCAAACUAGCUCCGUCCCGCAGCCAACCAUCACCAAACAAGAAGCCAUCUAACACAGAACUGGACCCCACAAACCCCUUCCAAACAAAGCAUUCACAAUUUCAUAAUCUUCGCUUAGUAUCUCUAUUUCUUUAUACAUACUCAGUAUAUAGAUGAAAAACAAUUCAUAAGUGAGAAACACUUAUUCUCAACAAAUCUCAGGAGUGUACUGUACAGUUGGGAUACAUUAGUCAACUGACCCCCACCAGAGGUACAUAAGCCCAAUAAUAUUAUUACAUGUACAAUGUAGUAUCAAGCAGACAAGAGAUGAGAAAUGACAUUGUCAUGUUUUUAAAUAAUGUAAUAAUGUGACAGACAGAGCUAUAUAAUAGGUAGUCAAUUGGUUCAGAAUUAUUAUUCUUUUUUACUUUUUCAAGUUCUAUUCAACUUGCUGUAUGACCGUUUUGUGUUUCAUUGAAAUAUGUCCCUGUCUAAUAUGGUUUAAUAUGUCCCUGUCUAUAUGUUCUAAAAAAUCGCUAUUUAGUUCUGUAAGUAACGUGCAUAAAUGUUUGAAUUAAAACAGCUCAGUCCAUUUAAUGCUGUAUACUUUCUGUGGAGCCACUUCAUAAAAGCUUAAUACAAUCACAGGUUGAGGAACUCACAAUGUUUUCCCAUUUGAAAUAAAUGCAUAGCAUUGGUGUUUAGAUAUAACAAAUAUUUGCAGUUUUACUGUAAAGACAUGUUAGUGUAUUUUGUUUGACUAUAGAAUCCUUUUGUGUCAUGGUAUUAUAACUACUAAAUUACAGAAUAAACUGUGCCUUUCAUUCAAUACUGCCUUACACUGGAAAGAUGGGCAAUAUCGUUCGCCUUACAAUGUGAAGAUGAAUAAAAUGUCAAUGUUUAUUUUUAAAUCA